AUGGGUGAUAUCCCAUUAGCAUGUCCACAAGAUUAUACAUAUGAAACCUCAGAGAUUCGAUUAGCAUGUAAUAUCAGAUUAACAAACCUACUAUGCAUGUUGGUAUUUCCAAUACUUUGUGUAUUAUAUGGUAUUUCUGUUUGGAUAUUAAUUACAUGUUCAAGGAGAACUGGUCAAAAAUGUGAAUUCAAAAGUGUCCAAUUUUUAAAAUUAAUAAUUUUUGAUGAGGAAGAAGAAUUUAUUAAAGCUGAACUUGAUAAUUUUAAAUCAAAUUCUAAUUUAGAUUAG